UUUCGAAAACACACAGCCAACAAGCACACACGAUGAACGGUUCAUCUUGGCAGUGCAGUGGGGACGAGGACUUGGUGGAUCUGGACUUGGCAGGCACGGUGCUGUUGCGUGCUCUGGCCCUGCAGGACGUCCACCACGAACUAGCAGCCUUGGCAAGACGGCCAGUGUCAUCGUAUUUUCGCGUCACGUUGCUGCAUGACAUUCCCGCCUUUACACAGUCCACUGCAGACGUUGGUAGUGGUGUUCGCAGAACGGCAAGGCGGCGUGUGCAUGAGUUGUUGCUGUGGGCGCAGGAUGAAGUGUGCGAGCGUCCACACGUGGACGGCAUGAGCUUCCACAUGAAGGGCCGCAUCGCACAUCAGGCAGCCCAUCAUUUUCUGACGCUGUUUGUGCUUCGCCUCCUCGUGUAUGUGGAAUCGCACAAGGGGACCGCGCCCCUGCGACGCCGCCCGCGCGUCCCUCUGCACACGCAGUCCUACAGCCACAGGAGAAGCAACAACCUGCUCCUGGCAGAUCUCUUUGAGCAGCUCAAGGCCACUGUGGACAAGCUCUCCUUUCCUGCGACGUUGGAUGACGGAGGCUCCCAGCCGCACGCCACGUCGCCGGGACCACAGGAGCAAGCUCGGCAACGCAGUGUCCAAUUUGCUUCUUGGCCAGAAAUGAUUCGAACCCCGAGGCAGACGGCCUCCCUCGGGCCAGGCCCCUCUGCAUCUUCAUUCUCCCCGCAUAAGCAGGCUCCAGUACAAGAACCAGCACGGGGGCAACUCCCACGCAGAUCAGGCACACGGCCCGUGUUUCGCGAGGGCACGCAGGAACAAGAAUACUCUCAACAACAGCGACGCGCAUCGCCCCCAUGUUCACCAUCACCGCAGUCGCCCUCCCUGUCGCCGGCGCACCUGAUGUCGUCGUGGACGCCGGUGCAGCCAACGUCGCCACUCGCCUGGUCCACGUCCUCGUCUGCGUCCGACAACUCCAUAUUGUCGACAACGCCCUUGCCGUCGCCAUGGCAGCAGCGGUCGCACCGUCGCCGCACACCAAUGAGCACCGCACCCUCACACGCUCCUGCGCCAAGGAGUCAUUCCACACAACACCCCCAACACUCACGCCCAAGGCAGCGGAAACAGCAGCAGGGGCAUACACAACAGCAACAGCGCUGGCCAGCGCACACGCACCAGUCACCACCCUCACCAUCAUGGUCGUCGUCAUCAUCAUCUCUAUCAGACCCAGAAGAACAGCAAGAAGAAGCACACCAACAGGGGGCACAACAGGGCGAGGCAACAAUGGAGGAUAUGCCAUCACCGCGUGGACCGCGUGUGCCGCAGCCCGCAGCGCAACUCCUGCUUCGUUACGUCUCCCACGCUCUCAACCCUCCACCACCUUCAUGA